GAAACGCAUGUGACUGUAUCUACCAACAUUCUCUUGUUCUGAAAACCAGUUUCUGGUGCUACCACCUCUUUGGUAACCAUGAAUCCAUAAUAAGCUCCAGCAGUAUCCUCAGAGGUGACCAUAUAUUGUUAUGUUUUGUUGGUGGCAGAUAAUCGAUAACGACGGACUGUGUUUUUACUAUUAAACAAUAAAAAUAAACGACAGCAAAAGUGGUCCAUUAGACGAUAUUUUUGUCUUAUGCUCAAUGGUCCAAUAAUUUAUUUAUACAUGGAAGGAAAUAGAGCAGAAUCUACGUUUACUAUUGUAUCUAAAAGUACUAAUACUACAAAAGUUAACAAGAUAACAGAAUGUCUGAAAAACAACAUGUUUCUUGGGUUUAUCUUGGCAUCUGUUGCAUUUGGAAUAAUUCUAGGGCUUGUUCUAAGACCAUUAAAACUCAGCAGUGAUGCUAUUACAUUGAUUUCAUACCCUGGAGAUUUAUUUUUGAGAACACUCAAGCUGAUGGUGCUGCCAUUUAUUAUAUCAUGUUUAAUCAUUGGAGCUGCAAACUUAGACAUCAGUAAAAAUGGUAAAGUAGCAGUUCGAACUAUAGUUUAUUUUGUACUUACGUCGGUGUUUAAUGUUUGUUUGGGCUUGACAUUGGGUUUACUUGUGCGUCCAGGAAAUCCAGACUUAAGGGCAACAACAAAUGCUACGUCAUUUUCCGGGCCAAAAAAAAUGCACAUCAUGGACGGAUUUCUCGACAUGGGCAGGAAUUUAUUGCCAGAUAAUUUAUUUCAAGCUGCAUUUCAACAGACAUUAACUGAAUAUGACACAAUAAUAAAUUCAGAUGGUAUAAAAACUUUUAAAAAAGUUGUAAGAUACAAAGAUGGAACAAAUACAUUGGGUAUCAUAUUUUUUUGUCUGAUUUUUGGAACAAUAUUGGGAACUUUAGGAGAACGUAAGCGCCCUGUACUUAAUUUUUUUACAGUUACAUACGAAGUAAUGCAAAAGAUACUCACUGGCGUAAUACGAUUUACACCAAUCGGAGUGGCAAGCGUCAUAUGUGGUAAAAUAAUCACCUUGGCUGACCUUUACGGAACACUCAUUCAACUCAGCCUCUUUAUUAUGACUACUGUUGGCGGAUUUCUUUUCUAUCAACUCAUAGUCUUGCAACUUAUAUACUUUUUUAUUAUAAAAAAAUCUCCAUGGUCGUAUUAUAUUUCAUUAGGACCUGCACUAGCUACUGCCUUUGCCACAGCCUCCAAGUCGGCCUCACUACCGAUAACCUUCAAAGUCUUAGACGAAAAGUUAAAGAUGAAUCCGAAAAUAACAAAAUUUGUAUUGCCAAUUGGUACUAUCAACAUGGAUGGAUCAGCACUUUACUUAAGUGUAGCACUCUUAUUUUUGGCGCAAAUUAAUAAUAUCACAUUAGGCAUUGGAGAAAUAUUCACUAUUGGCUUAGCUUGUACUGCUGCCAGUAUGUCCUCAGCUGCUAUUCCGUCAGCGGCCAUUGUUCUUGUUGUGAUGUUAUGCAGUAUAAUUAAUGUAUCCACUGAUGAUGUUUCUCUAUUGUUUGCAGUAGAUUGGCUUGUGGACAGAUUCAGGACUACAAAUAAUCUUAUAGGAGACUGUUACACCGUAGCAAUUGUUCAACAUUUAUCCAAAGAAGAACUAGAGAAUGAUUAUGCUGAAGAAAAAGAAGAAAUAGACGGUGCUCACAUUAAUGGCACAUUUAUUAUGCAAGAACAUCCUUUACCAAAUCCCAAUUGUACCAACACGCCAGUAUAAUUGGUUGGAACUCGCAACUUUUGAUAAAACGCCUUAAUUGUUCAACAAAUUUCUUUGAAACUCUAGUAUUAUAUAGUUGUUAUUACUUAAAUUUUUUAUUUUAUAAUAUUGUAUGCAGUACAAAUAUUAUAUGAACUGUUAAUGUUUUUUGUAAUUAUAAAUCUGUGACAUUU